CUCUCGUGCGCCCCAUUGGCUAGCGCGAGCCGGACUAUGGGUGGAGCUUCAUUUUUGUGAGCGCGAUGGGAAUGGAGUUGGCCAAGGCGCUGUUGGGGCUCCUGCUCUUGACGCCCGGACUUCGGAACAGCGCGGCAGAGGCUCCAAAGGACACCCUGCGAGAAGAGCUGCUGCUCAGCCCCCUCCCUUCAGGGGAUGUGGCCGCUACCUUCCAGUUCCGGACGCGCUGGGACUCGGCCCUGCAGCGGGAGGGCGUCUCUCAUUACCGGCUAUUCCCUAAAGCUCUGGGGCAGCUCAUUUCCAAGUACUCGGUGCGCGAGUUGCACCUUUCCCUCACUCAGGGCUUCUGGCGGACGCGGAGCUGGGGACAGCCUUACUUGCAAGCACCUGUCGGGGCUGAACUCUGGGUCUGGUUUCAGGAUGGUGUCACUGAUGUUGACAAAGCUUGGAAAGAUCUCAGCAACAUCCUCUCAGGGAUAUUCUGUGCCUCUCUGAACUUCAUUGAUUCCACCAACACUGUUGUUCCGACAGCAUCCUUCAAACCUCUGGGACUGGCAAAUGUUACAGAUCACCGGUUCCUACGAUAUGCUGUCCUGCCCCAUGAAGUUGUCUGCACCGAGAACCUCACACCCUGGAAGAAGCUGCUGCCAUGCAGCUCAAAGGCUGGGCUGGCUGUUUUGCUGAAGGCUGAGCGUUUGUUCCACAGCAGUUAUCACUCCCAAGCUGUGCACAUCCGUCCCAUUUGCAGGGAUGCUUCUUGCUUGAGCAUGUCCUGGGAACUCAGACAGACCCUCACCGUUGUCUUUGAUACCUUUGCCAGCGGCCAUGGAAAAAAAGAUUGGUCCCUCUUUAAGAUUUUCUCUCGCACUCUUACUGAAGCUUGUCCUCUGGCUUCUCAAAGCAAAGUCUACGUUGACAUUUCCAGUAAAGGCCAGGAGAAAGAGUUACUCGAAGUUUCCCCAGCUCCCUUAUCUGUACAUGAAGCAUCAGUCCAAGGAGACAGGCGAAGUUACGCAGUCUAUGAUCUCCUGAAUCCAGCACUUUUUAAUGGGUCUCGCAGCCUCAAUGUGCUGCUUAAAUGGAAACGCCCUCAGGAUGGCUUGGAUCUGGCGGUACCUGUGCUCCAUGCUCAGCGCUAUGUGAGCGGCUAUGGCCUGCAGACAGGAGAAAUCAGCACCCUAAUCUAUAACACGCACCCAUACCGGGCUUUCCCUGUGCUACUGCUGGAGACUGUGCCCUGGUAUCUGCGACUCUACGUUCACACGCUGACCAUUAUCACUAAGGGAAAAGAAAACAAACCAAGUUACAUCCACUAUCAGCCAGCUCAGGACCGACAGCGGCCCCAUCUCCUGGAGAUGCUGAUUCAGCUGCCGGCAAACUCUGUCACAAAGAUCACCAUCCAGUUCGAGAGAGCUUUGCUGAAGUGGACAGAAUACACUCCUGAUCCCAACCAUGGAUUUUAUGUUAGCCCAUCUGUCCUGAGUGCCCUAGUGCCAAGUGUCAUUGUGAUGAAAGAGGAAGAUGAAGAUCAAAGCCCACUCUUUGCUACACUGUUUCCUUCCUCAGACGGCUCCAGCUACUUUGUGCGCCUCUACACAGAACCGCUGCUGGUAAACCUGCCAACACCAGACUUCAGUAUGCCAUACAACGUCAUCUGCCUGACCUGCACUGUGGUAGCUGUUUGCUAUGGCUCCUUCUAUAACCUCCUGACCAGAACCUUCCAUGUGGAAGAACCCAACAGGGGAGGCCUAGCCAAGCGACUGGCCAACGUAAUCCGUAAAAUAAGAGGUGUUCCGCUUCUUUGAGGGCAGCUGAUGCAGCUGUUUCUCAAGGCUUGAGGAGCCCUUCAGCCAGGACUUGCUGGAGCAAAGCUGUGAGAAGACAGGUGGGCUUAAGCCCCUUAGAUGCAAGGCAGCUGUAACAUCCCUUUUGCCCUCUAGUUCCUUCACAGCCAAGAGAUCCACUGUGUGUUUUCCUUGCUGGUGGCAGGCAGGCAGAGUUGCUGGUAUUGGGACUAGAAAUGCAAAAUGCCCAAGGUGCAAGUUUGCUAAUUUAAGGGCAAUUUACAUUCUGUAGAAAGACACUGGAAAGAAACCUGAUCUGUGCUUGAACUAUUAUCCCCUUGGUCUUGCUCAAAAACUAGAGCCACUCCACUUGCCCACCCUGUUUUUGUUUCCCUCAACAACUGAUUGCUGUGUGACCCAUUUCUUUUGAGCUGCCACAUGAUAGAAUAAGGAACCUUUCUUGAGUCAGUAAAAAGCUCACAAAAAUGAAGCUCAUGGAAAUGGCAAAAUAGAAGGCAACAGGAGAGAGAGAAUAAAUAGCAUUUAUGCCUGAGGGUGACCUGCGUAGCUGUAUCAUUUUAGCAUGUUGUCUCUUGCCUUUUUGGAGAUGAGAGUAAUUGAGGAUGGAGGGCCAGCAGCUGUGAUUGGGGAAAGAAAGCUGCCAGGAGAUUCUGGGAUUCGGCAUAGUCAGGCUGGGCAGGGAGACGCUUAUGAAAUGAAAGAGAAACCAUGUUGUGUGAGUCGGUGCCAAUUUGGUUUGGGUUAAGCUGGGAGUGAAGAAUUGAUAAAAGAAUUCAAAAAAUAAAA